GUAAAAGCAAUUAUUGUUUUGAAGACAUGAAAAACACAAUCAAUUAAAUGUUUGAUUAGUGUUAAUGACUGUUAACUGUAAUAACAAUCAUAUUCUCUUUAAAGACGAUGGCUUUGGUGAAGAAACGCCGAAUCGAUGCUAAAGAUAAUUGUAGUCAAUAUAACAGUAAUUAUCUUGACUUAGAUUGUGGACCAAAUGAAGACCAAUCAAGUAGUAAUCAAUUGACACGAAGUGAUAGUUUCACACAAAUUAAACGUAAAACAAGACACGACACUAAAGACUAUAGACUAUUAUCUGAUCCCAAAUGGAUUGAGCGCUUCUUAAGCGGUGAAAUCGAUUCAUUAUAUUAUACAUCCGAUAAAUCCCAAAAUGUUGUCGACUUUUUCAAUUCGCGACAAAUCGAUAACAGAGGCCUCCGAAGAGCCGCACAUUUACCACAAGUGUUUGGUACGAGACAUCUCUUAGCAAAUAAUCUUCUUCGGGAAAAGUGUUUUGCUUUUGAAUCAUUUAAUAAAGUAUUUUCUUCGCAAUGGCUUAAUGACCAACAAGUCGUCUUAGGCACCAAAUGUAACAAACUGAUUGUUGUAGACGUUAACAAUGAAAAGCAUCACUUAAUUCCAACACUAAAGAGUUCUCCGAAUGGAAGGACACCCGAGAAUCCGUGUGGUAUUCACGCGAUUGAGAUAAAUCCGUCGAAAACUUUGUUGGCCACCGGCGGUCUAAAUCCUAACGAUGUGGCCGUUUACAGAUUACCGACAUUAGACCCAUUUUGUGUCGGAGAAAAUGCUCACUCGGAUUGGAUUUUUGACAUGAAGUGGUUGGACGACCAGUUUUUGAUAACUGGUUCACGAGAUACUAAACUAGCGCUUUGGCGGUUCGAUGAGUCGGAAUGUUUUGACGAAUCUGAAUCUCUUGACGAAUCAGAAACGACAGAUUCAUUAAUUCCUAAGCAUUCAUAUACGCGACCACUUCUUGUUAAAGAAUGUAGAAAUGCUGAGAAAAUUCGUGCCAUUCUUUAUAAUCAGAGACAAGAGGAAAUGGUAGUGUUAUCACUGAACGCUCAAAUUCAUUUAUUUGACUCACAAACACUUAACCAAAAGUUUUCCAGAAUAUUACCCUAUUGUUUGGAAAAUGUAUGCCUCACUCAACAAACUGAUCGCAAUAUAUACGCUGUCGGCUCUAAAUCUCACGUUUCAAUUCUGGACACUAAGACAUUAACACCCAUUAAUAAAGUGUUAUCUAAGAGUCAGGGCAGUGGUAUACGAUCUCUUAGUUUUUGCAAUGAAUUGUUGACAAUAGGAACCGGUGAUGGGGAAGUGCUAUUUUAUGAUAUCCGAGCCAUGAAAUAUCUUGAAUCCAUUAACAAACAUUAUUCACGUCUUAAAGCAAGUAAAGGUACACCGAUGAGAUAUUUAGUGAUCUAUUUAUACAAAUACAAUACUCACCCGCUGUAUACACCCAUCAAUAUGACUCAUCCAAAACACGACUGUUUACUGCCGGUGGUCCCCUUCCAGCCAGUCUUCAGGGCAGUUAUGUUGCACUUUGGAGUUGAAUUAUAUUGACAAUAAUUG